CUUUCAACCAGGAAGACGUCUCUCGAGCGCCCCUGUAUGACUAAAACGUAGAAGCACAGACCAAGAACGUAAGUGGGCGUGACUUUACGUCUUACGCAAGCCUUGACGUGACACUGAACUCUGGAAUCCUUUAGCUGCAGAGCAGAGCAAUGGCACUGACGCAAGUUUCUUCUAAUAAGUGCUGCAAUGGAUAUCAGAAAGUGUUCGAGCAUGACAGCUCCGAGUUAAAAUGUAAAAUGAAGUUCGCGAUUUACAUCCCUCCCAAGGCUGAGAGCUCCAAAUGUCCAGUGUUAUAUUGGCUUUCAGGUUUGACAUGCACUGAGCAAAACUUUAUCACUAAAGCAGGGAGCCAGCAGGCGGCUUCUGAACAUGGGAUCAUCGUCGUAGCUCCAGACACCAGUCCACGUGGCUGCAACAUUGAAGGAGAGGAGGAAAGCUGGGACUUCGGGACAGGUGCAGGAUUUUACGUCAAUGCCACCCAGGAGCCCUGGAAGACCAACUACCGCAUGUACUCGUAUGUCACCGAGGAGCUCCCACGACUGAUUAAUUCUAACUUCCCUGCUGAUCCAGAGAAAAUGUCCAUUUCCGGUCACUCCAUGGGGGGACAUGGAGCUCUCAUUUGUGCACUUAAGAAUCCUGGGAAAUAUAAGUCAGUGUCAGCGUUUGCGCCCAUCUGUAACCCCAUACAAUGUGCAUGGGGACAGAAAGCUUUUUCUGGCUAUCUUGGACCUGACAAGUCCACCUGGGAGCUGUAUGAUGCUACAGUAUUGGCUGAAUCAUAUUCCGGUCCUGAGCUUGAUAUUCUGAUUGAUCAAGGCCGUGAUGACCAGUUCUUGUCUUCCAGUCAGCUGCUUCCUGACAAUCUGAUCGCUGCCUGUUCUAAGAAGAAAAUUCCUGUAGUUUUCCGCCUUCAGCAGGGUUAUGAUCACAGCUACUAUUUCAUCUUCUCCUUCAUCAACGACCACAUCAAGCACCAUGCCAAAUAUCUGAAUGCCUGAAACUGUGACAUGAUUAUGGCAACCAGCUCUUGUGCCUUCCAGAUCAUUACAAAAACCUAUCUACACACCUGGAAAUGACAUCAGAGCCAUGACUUGACUGGCUCACCAUCCCUUAAAAUUUACAGUGCAACCCUCUGUAUUUUCUUAUGCAUAAUUAACAGGGUGAUGUUUAUGUGUAGAGACAUUUACAUUUCUUUAAAUAAAGGCACUUGGUUGUGGUUUUGUA